UGAUCCUAUUAAUUCCAAAAUGAAACAGAAACCGAACUCAGAAAAAUCAUCAGGAUCUUUGGAGAAGUACCUCACAGACACCAUAUGCAGUGCUGCCUCAAGACGGACUCUUAAAAUGAUUCAGCCUUCAGCAACAGGUUGCCUGGUUGGCAGACAUAAUGAGAAGAAAUCUUCAGUCAAAAGGAAACUCCAAAAUAACAAGUUGACCUCAAAGGCUUGUAAAGCUGAGAUGUCUGUGGACAAGGAGCAAGAAAAUGAGAAUAUGAAUGAUGCCAUUCAAGCUGUAGAUCUCAUGAUAAAAGGAAGCCCUUCAUCUCAAUAUUGGAAAGAAUUGGCUGAAGAGAGGAGGAAGGCUCUGUAUGAAGUACUUCAAGAAAAUGAAAAGCUGCACAAAGAAAUUGAACAGAAAGAUGGCGAAAUUGCCCGCCUAAAAGAAGAAAAUGAAGAGCUAAUGUCCCUUGCUGAACAUGUGCAUUAUAUGACCAGCAUGAUUGAGAGACUAACUGGGGAAGCACCUGACAAUCCUGAGACACUGAAGAGUCUGGCUCCAGAGGAAUCCGAACAGGAAAAUGAAGAACUUAACUGUGGAGAUGAUGCAGAUAGCACUUCUUCAGAAGGGCCAGCACAAGUAUCAUGUGGCUUAAGGGAGUGUAUAUCAGACCUUGCUUCAAAGGAAGCAAAUUUGCAACUGGAAUGA